GAGCAUGAUUCAUAUGACCUAGGUCAUGGAGUCUGCCUUGGUGUUGAGUCUACCCGGAACAGGCCGGGGUGCAACGUUGCUGUGGCCUUCCCAGGGGCUAAGCAAUUCUGACUUUUGCACAUCCAAUCUCUUCAAGUAGGUUUCACCAGCAACUUCCUGGCGGAAAGCCUGUCACCAUAGAGACUUUCGAAAUCCCAACUCAACGAGAAUGAUGAAGGCAGUGGUUAGUCUCCAGCAACCGCCACUGCCAUCAGCAGGUUCGGCAAUUGGCCAAAGAUCACCGGCCCCAGACCCCUCUCAACCUAGGGAAAAGCCUACCAUGAGUCUUGCUGAAAAAGUACAAAAUUGGUUUCGCCAACUGAGGACGUGGGCACCAUCGGGUUCACACGUCGAAGUUCAUGAGGAUCCGCACUCACAUAUUUCAUCCGAGGCCCUGCAACAGAAUUCAACAGGGAACUUAUCAACUGCAUCCCCAGAUUCUCCGUCUCAAAAGCCUACUGUAGAGUCCGACCAGAUCGCCUCCACCGACACCUCUACCAGUAUACCAGGUCAUCCAGGGAUCUUGGUCCAUACAGAUGAUGGUAGAGCUCCAGGUUAUCUCCUACCCGGGCCCGAGGGGUUUCUUCUCUCAAUGAAGCCGGACCAUUGGAUGUCCCCCGAAUCAACUAAUUGCAGGGAUCCUAUGUUUGGGGAGGCAACUAAAGCCCUAUUGAGGUUGAAGCCAGACAUCCUGACUCAAGAAGUUCUACGCUUACGCAAGAUAAUCGAUCUACAAUUGCGUAUGAGAGCAGUUUCGACACCCGUGGACAAUUGUUACAAGCUUCAGCCAUGUAUACGAAUCGCUUGCGGGGACAAAAAAACAGUCAAAAGGGUCGAACGGCAACUGAAAAAGACUUCGUGGCUUAGUACCGAGCAGCUCUCUCGAGUCCCUAUUUUGGUUGACUUUGACUCAUUGCUGGCGGCUACCUACCUCUCCGCUCCAUCUACUGAGGCCAAGAAAACUGCUGCACAUUCGAAAUCCGCAAGUCACCUUUCAUUCAAGGUUUCACCUCCUAUAUGUGAUUCGUCAGCAUUUGGCCUCAAUCUCUGCGCAAGCUCAUCCAGAGAGAGGGAGGAGCGGCACCGGCUCUCUCACAUCGGCGGUCUCAUCAUCAUAGAAAGCGGAUAUAGCGAGCCUCAGAGCGAGACCGUCGCAUUUGUCACAACCGCACAUGGACUCAUGGAAUUACUGCACGAUGUCCACGAUGUAGACGAAGCCAGCGCAUCUUCUCAAUCAUCCAACCCUACGAGAUUGGAGGAGGAAUACGGCAAUAUUCAAGAGGACAAGAGCCUUGAAAGAAAGGGGGGAGACAUCAAUUUCAACGAUGAUAGGGACGAUCAAAUUGUUAAUCCUACUUUCAAGGACAUACACCGAGAUUACUUGCAACAACUUUCGCUACAAAUUGGUUCUUGGACUGUAGUCGAGCCUAUUUUCCCGGUACAAUUUGCAGAAACUCUAUGGUUUGGUCCAUCGCCAAACAACGGAGAGAGUGACGGUUCUGCAAUCAGUGACGAAAUCGAGCUUCUGAAUGCCGAUGAUGCUAUGACGUGCAGUGCCGACUUUGCCCUUUUCGGUAGAGAGCAAUUCGAAAGCAUGCACAAUCAUUACUAUGCCAUGGACAGCCCGGAGAGAGGAAUAUACGUCGAAUCGUCAAUUGAGAACGACAGGCUACUGGAAGGUGAUGCGAGAUUAAUUCUGGAUCCAAAAUCGCCCAUGUCGUGUCAUUUGCUGAAGGGUGUCUUUCCCGUCUACAUCGGCAAAGCCACCUUUCAAACAAGAAGGAUCGUCAUCGACAAGCCUCUUGCCCAAGGAGCUUCCGGUAGCUGGGUCGUGAGGGACGGCGAUUUUUGCGGUUCCGUUAUCAUGGUUUCCAGGUCAGAGCCUACAGCGCUCAUUAUGAGUGCAGAAAAUCUAUUUGAUAGCAUUCAACGAACCUCAUCGCCACCCAUCACCGUGAGAGUUGCCUCGGUGUUAGACUUGGAGAUUAGCCGUAUGCGCCCAUGGACCGAAAACUGGGCUGUGAGCCAGCGUGUCAAAAACCACCACCCGAGGAAGGAUUCUCCUAAUCAAAUGUGCCUCAACCCACAGUUUUCUAUGGGAAAGCAGCGAAGAGGUAUCAAAGAUCGUGUCGUCAACGAACCUGCUAAGCCUCCUACACAAACUAUUCUGCUUGGGCCAGAAGCUGAGGGAGAACACGGCAUGGGGCUGAUCUCCUUCUCUCGAUAUUGUCUCAAACAUUCACGUGGGUCAACAAUGUCUAUCUUUAAUGGAAACGAGUGGUCAAGUUCUAAGUCUGAAAGACCUCAUGGUGUCGAUGUCAUCAAGCUUGAGUGGUACUACUAUGUACCGGUUAUCUUUUCUAACUGGGGAUCGACCAAUGCGAAAGAAACAACAGCUAAGGGAGGUUGAGAGCCGCAGAAUUGCUAAAGUCGAUAUCCACAUCUUUUUAGUGACUAGGUGCUGUAGGCGUGAAAACUUGACUGGAUUUGGAAAACGCCUUUUCAUUGCCGAAAUCUCCUUGCAGCGGGAUAAAUUAUACUUCAACAUUGCAUCUGCUCUGUUGUGUGACACCUAUGAUCAAUAGAAUUAAAUCACAGGGUCUACUGUCAGAAGAUCUCAACUUGGACAUCAUUAUCAAUGGGCGUGCCCCUGAG